AUGCCAGCUUCCGACCGGAAUGCUCAAGACUCGCGCCAUGGCAGAUCUCGAAGAUGCCUGUAUUCGAGGUCUACCGUGGGGGAAAAAGCAAUGAGCAUCUCGUUUGCAAGCGGGGAUCGUUCGGGUUAUCCUGCCGCAAGUAGCGCGACGCAGGCACAUGGAGCGAAGGAUCCUUGCUGUGGCAGACCGCCCACGGCAAUCCUAUCCGUCACCGUCAUUACCCGUCUCGCUGACAUCGAUCCAAGACCCGAAGAUUACCGCAGCUCCCAGGCUAAUGGCGCGGCAGACCACCCAGGCUGCUCCGCCCAGCAAAUCCGCCUCUUUGACCUGAUGGGGGGUCCUCGAAUCCGCCAGCGACUGUGCAAAGGCGGCGUUCUUUCCUUCAGGGUAUGUGCACACCUCAAGCGUGCGAUCGAGAAUGGCAGUACCGCAAAUAAUCGCCUUACUCGGAGCUCCGCCGCGCCCGGCUGUGCACAUUCGCGAUAG